AUGGAGCUGCAAGACCCUCCAUCAACAAUGAGUAAUCACACCAUUCUUCACCACCCUAAUAAUACUGCCCUCCCUGGGCUUCUCUUUCUCCUGAUGGGUUUCCCUGGGCUGGAAUCCACCCCAUAUUGGCUGGCUUUCCCCAUGGGCACAGCCUACCUGCUGUCCUUUCUUGGGAAUGGGGCCGUCCUCUUUGUCAUAAUCACGGAAACAGCCCUCCAUUCCCCCAUGUACAUCUUCCUUGCCCUGCUAGCUGCCUGUGACUUGGGCUUGGCCACAGCCCUCCUGCCCACAAUGCUCCGUGUCUUCCUCCUUGGAUCAAGGGAGAUCAGUGUGGACGCUUGCCUCUCCCAGCUCUUCUUCAUCCACACGUUCUCCAUCAUGGAGUCCUCUGUGCUCUUGGCCAUGGCCUUUGACCGCUUUGUGGCCAUCUGCUACCCUUUGAGGUACACCUCCAUCUUGACCAGCUCCAGACUGGUCCACAUUGGCUUGGCCAUUGGCCUCCGGGGUGUGGCCCUGCAUGUGCCAAUCCCCUUUCUUCUCAAGAGGCUGACUUACUGCCACCAUAUUAAUGCCCUUUCUCACUCAUACUGCCUGCACCCAGAUGUGAUGAAGCUGGCCUGCCACAAGUCCAGCAGGGAUGGCAUCUACGGGCUUUUAGUAGUCUUCUCCACUAUGGGGCUGGACCCACUGCUCAUCGUCUUGUCUUACAUCUGGAUCUUGAAGACCGUUGUGGCCAUCACCUCGCUGGACGAGCGCCACAAAGCUCUCAACACCUGUGCCUGCCACAUCUCUGUGGUCCUGCUGUUCUACACCCCCAUGUUGGCCUUGUCCUUGAUCAGCCGCCUCAAGCUCCACACCCCGCCCUUCCUCCACAUUCUGUUGUCCUACAUCCACUUCCUGGCCCCACCUUUGCUCAACCCCAUGCUCUACUGUGUCAAAAUGAAAGAGGUGCGCCAAAGGAUAUCUGCAAAGCUCUUCUUGACCCUAAGGGUCCAUUGA